AUGGGCAAUCUCGUCAGUGCAUCAGGGCAGAACUUGGCUACGGUGGCCGUUUCCAAUUACAUGAGUAUUACCAAAAAUCAAGUAGUGCAGAUUCGGAAUGAAGUCUUGGCAUUAACCAACCAGGAGGGGAAAAUACGACGUCAUUUCUUUGCCAUCGCUAUGUAUGUUUUUUGGGAUCUCACGGGAGAUUCGAUCGUACCGGCACAAGACUUUGUUGCUGGGUUUUGUGUCCUUGCCUGUCCAAACCACUCCUUGGCAGAUGUUUUGAAAUUCGCAAUGGAAAUUAUCGAUCUGGAAGAAAGCGAACUGAUUACUACGAAUGAACUCGUAAAUCUCCUGAAGACUUCGUUCUUUGGCGAUCGGGUGCUCGAAACAAAGCAAGUAUACGAAGUCGUUGACGGUGUUUUUGACUGCACAGCGCCCGUCUACGAAAGUACUGGAACUAUGUCGCAUCAAGAAUGCAUUCAGCUGCUUUUGAAGGAACCACUGGUACGGAAGAUGGUUAAAACGACUCCGGAGAAAACUACACCCUUUCCUACUGAUCGACCCUUUGUAAAAACGAGGUUGGAGGACGAAUCCCUUAUGUCGACCGACGUAAGUUCCGUCGGCUUGUCACCGUACGCCAUUAAGGCAAAACAAUCCGGUGCGGCUUCUCGACAAAUGUCGUCGUACGACGAGAGCUCGAUUCGACUGUAUCCGUUGGCGAAAAUCAACUUACUACCUUCGAUGAGUGUAGAAACAAGCUAG